AUGUACACCUCCGUGGCUCUCACUCUGGCGCUGGCCGCCAUCACGCCUGCCGUCCUGGCUCAAACAGUCUCUGGCGAGGCUCCAGGCUUUGCAGCCGGCACAACUGGUGGUGCUGCCGGUGAAACCGUCACUCCAACCACCACCGACGAGCUGGUCUCAUACCUGGAGUCUGAGGACGCGCUCACCAUCGUUCUGAACCAGGAGUUCGACUUCACCGGCACCGAGGGCACCACCACGGAGACCGGUUGCGCUCCAUGGGGUACCGCCGCUGGCUGCCAAUUGGCCAUCAACGCCAACGAUUGGUGUGGCGACAAUCCAGCCGCUGAGGUCACCUACGAUGUUGCUGGUACUACCGCUAUCAACGUUGGAUCCGACAAGAGCAUCAUCGGCGUGGGCGACGCUGGUGUCAUCAAAGGCAAAGGCUUGAGAUUCGUCAACAGUGUGUCCAAUGUGAUUAUCCAGAACAUUCACAUCACCGACCUCAACCCUGAGUACGUCUGGGGUGGCGAUGCUAUCACUCUAGAUGGUAGCAGCAAUAUCUGGAUUGAUCACGUCAAGAUCUCCCUCAUCGGCCGCCAAUUCAUCGUCUCCGGCUACGAGACCAACACAGCCAUCUCCAUCACCAACAGCGAAUUUGAUGGCCAGACCUCGUGGUCCGCCUCCUGCGACGGCAACCACUACUGGGGCCUCUUCUUCAUCGGCGAAGGUGACCAAAUCACCUUCAAAGGCAACUACAUCCACCACACCUCAGGCCGCUCCCCUAAAGUCGGCGGGAAUGCCCUGUUCCACGCUGUUAACAACUACUGGGCCGACAACAGCGGCCACGCCUUCGAAGGCGAAGAAGCAUACAUCCUGCUCGAAGGCAGCACAUUCGACAAUGUUACCAACCCAGCGCAAGACUUCGCUGCUUCGCUUUAUGCGCCUUCUUCGAGUGAUAGCGCUUGUACCGAUGCGCUGGGUAGGGCUUGUGCGGCGAAUGUGCUCACGGAUUCGGGGACGCUAGAGGGGACGGAUUCGAGUGUGCUCAGUCAGUUCAGUGGGUUGACGAUCGCGGAUGCAGAUGCGGAUGCUUCUGCUGUGCCGGGGAGUGCGGGCGUUGGGAAGCUUUCGUCUUCGAGCUCGAGCAAGAAGGAGAAGACUAGGAAGAGGAGUGCGAGGAAGGUUCAUCAGCCGAGGAGACUGUGGGCUGGUGCUGAGGAGGAGGAUGUCGUUGCUUUCUGA